GUUUCUUCUCACUUCAUAUAUACUUUAUACGGAGUAUUUCUUAAUCUAUUGUAUUUAGAAAUGGCUAGUGCGGAUACUGCCGUUCUCGUUCAUUGGAAUGGCUCUAUGAUCACAAAAGAUAAUGAAAUAGAGUAUUCCACACAUCCUAAGGUAGUAUUGUUCAUUAGCAAAGGAGAUGUUUUUAACACUUUGUACGAAGGUGUUCUAAAACACAUUAGAGAAGACGGUUUUUCUGAAAUAAAAUCUAUUUAUGGAAAAAUGCCAAAAUUUCAGAAUUCGGUCUACGUUGCUUCUAGAGCGUGGCCCAUUCACGAUGACCGGUCAUGGAUUUGUUUUUCCCGAGUCGCUUUUCAAGAGUACCAAGAAUUGCAAAUUUUCGUGGAUGCUAUAAACAACUCUAUGCCCCCCUCCCCCCCCCCCCCCUCCCCCCACAAAAUUUGAGCUUCGAUGAAGUUGUUACAAAUACUACCUCUACGUUUUGCGAUAUUGGGAAGGGUCAAUCAUCAACAUAUGGCCGAAGAAGCAACACAUCAACUUUUGUGGACUUCCAAUCCCCCGUCACAAACUUGUCUGAAGAUUCGGACGAUCCCGACUUUGAACUACAUAGUAAUGAUGCCGAAUCAUCCUCUGGAGAUGAUAGGAAUGAGGUAGUAGAUAUGACAUGGGCCACUCUGCAGAUACACGAACCGUAUGUUGAUGCUGACGAACCGUAUGUCGAGAUUGUAAAUCGUGCUUCUAAAACGAUUGCAGUCGGCGAUAAAUUCAAAUCCUAUGACGAAUUAAAAGAAGUUGUGGCCCGAGCAAACAUUCGUCAAAAGUCAUUUUUCCAGUCGGUUGACAAACGUCCAAGGUCAUGGAAGGCUGUGUGUCUCUAUCCGGCGGAGAAAUGCUCGUGGCAUAUCCAAGCAGGAGCAGACGAAAACUUACUCGUGUGGAAGGUAAAAAAAUACCAACCCGUCCACACCUGUAGGCCUGAUUACACCUUAGCUCGGGAUGAUAAGAACUUAACAAGCAAGCUCAUCGCAACUGAGAUAGGUCCUAAAGUGGAGGCAGAUCCGGACUACAAAAUCAAACUCAUAAUUCUAGACAUUUAUGAGAAAUUCCAAAUCUAUGUUUCAUACAAAAAGGCUUGGUAUGGGCGGUUGAUUGCUUUAGAGCGCAGAUUCGGUAAUUGGGAGACAUCAUAUAAUCAAUUCCCUAAAUUGUUUCAAGCAAUAACAUAUGCCAAUCCGGGGAGUCUUGUUCAGAUUCAAUCACAACUGACUGAAACUAAUGAGACAUGAAUUUUUUCGUGCAUUCUGGUCAUUUAAAGCUUCUAUUGUCGGUUUCUGUCACUGUCUCCCUAUAGUCUCUGUUGACGGAACACACCUGUACGGCAAAUACAAGGGUGUUCUCCUAGUUGCAGUGGCCAUGAACGCUAAUCGUGAGAUAUUCCCUCUCACAUAUGCUGUUGUGGAGAGUGAGAAUGCCAAUAGUUGGUCCUGGUUCUUGCAAAGCGUUAUGGAAGGUGUGGUCGGACUUGAUCGUCCAGUUUGUAUAAUCUCCGACCGACAUGCAGGAAUCGAAAGUGCAUUUCGUAAUGUUCCUGAAUUGCUAUCGUCUCAAGUGUCAAAGUGUUAUUGCCUCCGUCACAUUCGGAGCAAUUUUAUGACGAAAUUCAGAAACACAGAAUUGAAAAAGUUGUGCUGGCAAGCCGGUAGCACUCCUAUUCGCAGCGAAUUCCAUGACUACGUACAUGCAGCAAAUAAGGGGCAUCAAUGCAAGUGCCUUUGCAUAUUUAAAUGAAAUUGAUGUCGAAAGGUGGGCACUUAGCUAUGAUGAUGGACGGAGAUACAGCAUACUAACGACAAAUCUUUCGGAAAGUUUUAAUCAUGUGUUGAAGGGAUGUCGUACUUUGCCAAUCACUGCACUCAUAAAAGCAACAUUCGAUAAAGUGGUUCAACUCUUUGCGGAUCGACGCAACACUGGACUUAUGUGGCACCAAGCAGGGUAUUUGUAUCCGCAGAACAUAUGGAAAGAGCUUGUAGAGCGUUCGCAGCAAAGGCACUCUUGUACAUGAACAUGAUUAUGAAGAAGAUGAGGAAGAGGAUGAUGGAGAUGAAGGCGGGGAGUCACCUGAUCAUUCCUGGCCGGGGUUAUAAUAGGGAAGAGUAGAUAUAGUUUUCUUAAAUUUAUUAUUCUAUGUAGUAUGUACACUUUUAGUAUCUCAGUAGCCCGGGUUUCUUGUAGCCCGGGUUUUAUGUAGUCGGGUUUUUGGUAGCCCUGGUUCGAUCCGGGUUCGGGUUGGGUCAGUUAAAGCCCGAACUUGGAAUAUUUCAUUGGUCUUUUAUAUUUUAACACCUAAUUUCAAACAAAAUUAAUAAAAAAUACAAAAAAAACAAAGAUUAGUUUCC